GCCGCACCUCGGACAGCAGCAGCGGCGGCAGCGAGGGUCCUGCGUGGAGAGUGGAACGCGACGCGGACUCGCGGACGGGAGGCUGCGCGUGGGGACGCAGCACGCGAGGACUCGGCACAAGAGCGACUCGGGGCACGAGUGAGAGAAGGCGGUGGCGCCGGGGUCGCGGGUGACAGUGCUGAGACUUCUCAUCCCUAAGCUUCGAAGAGAAGGCACUGUAGAUUCAAAGAAUAAAAUGUGAAGGUGCUUUGACCGGUCUUCAUUCUCCGGAAACCCGGACCUGGUGCGGGAGACUCAGAUUGCGAGCAAGAAGAGAUUGCUGCCACGAUGACCCUGAGCAACACUGUGGGUUCCGUGCCACACAGCAAGAGGGACUGAAGGUUCAUAAGAACAAAAAUAGCAGUCAAUGAGAGAAACAAAAGGACUGGGCCAUCAAAGAGCAGCGUGCUUGCCCCGCUGGCCACCAUGCGGAAAGGAGUACUGAAGGACCCAGAGAUUGCUGACCUCUUCUACAAAGAUGACCCUGAAGAGCUUUUUAUCGAUUUGCAUGAAAUCGGACAUGGGAGCUUUGGAGCUGUGUACUUUGCAACAAAUGCUCACACCAACGAGGUGGUUGCAGUUAAGAAAAUGUCCUACAGUGGGAAGCAGACCCACGAGAAAUGGCAAGAUAUUCUUAAGGAAGUUAAGUUUUUACAGAAGUUGAAGCAUCCGAACACCAUUGAGUACAAAGGUUGCUAUUUAAAGGAACAUACUGCUUGGUUGGUGAUGGAGUACUGCUUAGGUUCAGCCUCUGACCUGUUAGAAGUUCAUAAGAAACCACUUCAGGAAGUGGAGAUUGCUGCUAUCACCCAUGGUGCCUUGCAGGGGCUGGCCUACCUCCACUUUCACUCCCUGAUCCAUAGGGACGUUAAAGCUGGAAAUAUCCUCCUCACAGAACCAGGGCAGGUGAAACUGGCUGACUUUGGAUCCGCCUCCAUGAGUUCUCCUGCCAAUUCCUUCGUGGGGACGCCAUACUGGAUGGCCCCAGAGGUGAUCUUGGCUAUGGAUGAAGGACAGUACGAUGGGAAAGUUGACAUCUGGUCACUCGGCAUCACCUGUAUAGAACUGGCCGAGCGGAAGCCCCCCCUCUUCAACAUGAACGCCAUGAGCGCCCUCUACCACAUCGCCCAAAAUGACUCCCCCACGCUACAGUCCAGAGAAUGGACCGACUCCUUCAGGAGAUUCGUUGAUUACUGCUUGCAAAAAAUACCUCAGGAGAGACCAGCUGCGGUGGAACUGUUACGGCACGACUUCAUUCGGAGGGAGCGGCCACCACGGGUCCUCAUUGACCUCAUACAGAGGACAAAAGAUGCUGUUCGAGAGUUGGACAACCUGCAAUACAGAAAAAUGAAGAAGAUUCUCUUCCAGGAGACUCGAAAUGGACCCUUGAAUGAGUCACAAGAGGAAGAAGAGGACAGUGAACACGGAAGCAACCUGAACAGGGAGGUGGACAGCUUGGGCAGCAUCCACUCUAUCCCCAGCGUGUCAGUGAGCACAGGCAGCCGGAGCAGCAGUGUGAACAGCAUGCAGGAGGUCAUGGACGAGAGCAGCUCUGAGCUCGUCAUGAUGCAGGAAGAUGAUGGCACUAUCAACUCCAGCUCCUCCAUGGUACACAAGAAGGAUCAUGUAUUCGUAAGGGAUGAGGCGGGCCACGGCGAUCCCAGGCCUGAGCCGCGGCCUACCCAGUCAGUUCAGAGCCGGGCCCUCCACUAUCGGAACCGAGAGCGCUUUGCCACGAUCAAAUCCGCGUCUUUGGUUACACGGCAGAUCCACGAGCAUGAGCAGGAGAACGAGUUGCGGGAACAGAUGUCAGGUUAUAAGCGGAUGCGGCGCCAGCACCAGAAGCAGCUGAUCGCCCUGGAGAACAAGCUGAAGGCUGAGAUGGAUGAGCACCGCCUCAAACUCCAGAAGGAGGUGGAGACGCAUGCCAACAACUCGUCCAUCGAGCUGGAGAAGCUGGCCAAGAAGCAAGUGGCUACCAUUGAAAAGGAGGCGAAGGUAGCCGCAGCGGAUGAGAAGAAGUUCCAGCAGCAGAUCCUGGCCCAGCAGAAGAAGGACUUGACAACUUUCUUAGAGAGUCAAAAGAAGCAGUACAAGAUUUGUAAGGAAAAAAUUAAGGAGGAAAUGAACGAGGACCAUAGCACCCCCAAGAAGGAGAAGCAGGAACGGAUAUCGAAGCAUAAAGAAAACCUGCAGCAUACGCAGGCUGAGGAGGAAGCCCACCUGCUCACCCAGCAGAGACUGUACUACGACAGAAACUGCCGCUUCUUCAAGCGGAAGAUAAUGAUCAAGCGCCAUGAGGUGGAACAGCAGAACAUUCGGGAGGAACUAAAUAAGAAGCGGACGCAGAAGGAAAUGGAGCACGCCAUGCUGAUCCGGCACGACGAGUCCACCCGAGAGCUGGAGUACAGACAGCUGCACACACUGCAGAAGCUCCGCAUGGAUCUGAUCCGGCUACAGCACCAGACGGAGCUGGAGAACCAGCUGGAGUACAAUAAGAGGCGGGAGCGGGAGCUGCACCGGAAGCAUGUCAUGGAGCUUCGGCAACAGCCGAAAAACUUAAAGGCCAUGGAAAUGCAGAUUAAGAAGCAGUUUCAGGACACUUGCAAGGUACAGACCAAGCAGUACAAAGCACUCAAGAACCACCAGUUGGAAGUCACUCCAAAGAAUGAGCACAAAACAAUCCUAAAGACGCUGAAAGAUGAGCAGACGAGAAAACUGGCCAUCUUGGCAGAGCAGUAUGAACAGAGCAUUAAUGAGAUGAUGGCCUCGCAGGCGUUACGGCUAGAUGAGGCGCAAGAGGCAGAGUGCCAGGCCCUGAGACUACAGCUCCAGCAGGAGAUGGAGCUGCUCAAUGCCUACCAGAGCAAAAUCAAGAUGCAGACGGAGGCCCAGCACGAGCGGGAGCUGCAGAAGUUAGAGCAGAGGGUGUCUCUGCGCAGAGCGCAUCUUGAGCAGAAGAUUGAAGAGGAGCUGGCCGCCCUGCAGAAGGAACGCAGUGAGAGGAUCAAGAUUCUCCUGGAAAGACAAGAGCGAGAGACGGAGACUUUUGACAUGGAGAGCCUCAGAAUGGGAUUUGGGAAUUUGGUGACAUUAGAUUUUCCUAAGGAGGACUAUAGAUGAGAUUAAAUUUUUUUGCCAUUUACAAAAAAAAAAUGAAAAAAAGAAAACAAAAAAAUUCAGACCUUACAAAACUACAUUCCCCAUUUUAACGGGCGUUGCUCUCACUUCACACUCUCUCUCUCUCUCUCCCUCUCUCUCUUUCUCUCUCUCUUCCUGACAUCGUGUCGGACUAGUGCCUGUUUACUCUUACUCCAUCAGGGGCCCUUUCCUCCCCCAUAUCAACUGUCAGUGCUGGCCGGCCCGGCCGCCCCUACUGUCCACCCCCCACACCCAGUACCGGUGUGGCCCACAGAGGUUCUGGUGAAAACCUUGAAAGUGGCUUUAGGGUCAAUCAACAAACGGCGAUGGAACACAGAUGUAUAUUGCUCUAAGCAAUCUCUCAUUGUCACCAACCAGUGAAAGUAAAGCAAAAAAAGAAAAACUAAAGAAAACUAAAUAAAUACUACAUGCCAAGGGGGAGAGAGACACAAAAUCCGCAGCCUUACACCUUAACCAGCUGCUGCAUAAUUUUAUUUUAUUUUAUUUUUUUGGUAUUUAUUCAUCAGGAAUUAAAAAAAACAAAGUUUUAUUAAAGAUUGAAAAUUUGAUACAUUUUACAGGAACUAAUUGUGAUGUACAUAUGAAGUGGUAACAUAUUAUUACUAUUUUGGGGCCGGGGUGGGUGGGCGGGGUGAAGAGAGCUUGUGAUUUUUAAGAACCUGCCGGCGAGCGUUUGCCUUGCCGUCAGCCUGGUCUACUGUAUCCCGGCAUCCUCUGCUGUUGCAGACGGUGCGAAUACAUGUCCGGAACUCACAGAAUCCCAGUAGCACAAAAUUGGGCUUUGGCAAAUCAUGUAUUUUGUGUAUAGAGGGAAUCUAAGGAGAGGAAUUGCUUAUUUUCAUAUUGUAUUUUAACUGUUUCUCUGAUCAAAAUUUUUUUACUUCCUCCUCCUGUUCCUCCCCCACCCACGCCCACCUCCCCGCGGUUUCCAGUUCCGUCUCUGGAGUUCAAUGUCUUUUCAGUCGGAUCAUCUCCGUUUAUUUCUCCUUCCCCUCCCCGCGCCCCCUAUCUUUGGUCAUAAAUAUUGCAUUAUCCAUCCUUUCAAACUGUGUAUUUUCUUACAAUAAAAAAUGAUGAAGAAAAAAAGGCUUUACUCCUUUUGCAUGCACCUUAAAAAAAAAACAAAACCACUUAAACAUUUUUCAGGUUCCAAGGGAGAGCAUGGUUAACUGUCAGGGCUUUUACUUAUAUUUGUAAAUAAAAGUGUUCGU